CAAAACAAAACACGUUUGCGUGACACUCGUAGAUGGGAUUCGACAUGAAAGAGAGAAAUAGCUAAACCCGGUAAACCAUGGAUACCCAGACGGUCACACCAGUUGAAUCCAAUGAAUCCAACUUCUUGGACUGUGAAACGUCCGUCGCCCAUUGUUUGGAAUGCCGAUGCAUUUUUGCCAACGCGAGACAGGUGCGCAAGCACGUGAACAGAGGAUCUUGCCAACGCGCUUUUUGCCGCCAUGACCAUGAGCACAAUGUGAUCGAUAAAAACUUCGCCACGCACGAAGAAGCUACUCAAUGGGUUCUAGCCCAAGAAUUGGAUCGGGUUUUCAUCCGAUGUACCACCAAAGAUGCCCACAGCUCCUUCAGAUGCCGGCAUAAUCCCCACCGUCGACGCAUGAACCUCGAUCCCAUCCCUGACCCAUCCAUGAACGUCCCAGCAUCUCCGCUCAAAUUUGAGGCGUCCAAAGAGCGUUAUAAAUUUUGCUCAGCAUUAAUGCGUGUUUAUGAAAUGUGGAUGUGCCUUUGUCCCAGCACAUUGGAGACGCACGGGAGUAAGUCUGCUGUGUGUAUGCAAUCAGAGAAACGCUUUCGACUUCGGGGUUGUCUCACUCAUUCACAUGAAAUCGACCCAUGCUUAUACCGCAUGUCGCAAGCCACCCGAGAACGCUUAAUGUCACUUUUGGAGAGCGGGGUACCCAAAAAAGUGAUCCUGGAGAAGCAUUGCCAUCAGGGCCAUCUGGAGUAUGUGAGUGGCUUCAAACCCGUGAGCUACGAAGAUUUGCGAAACUUAGAGAAAGUCUUGGUCAAGCGAGCAAAUGGUGACCCAUUAGUGGACGAUCCUGAUGAUCAUGACCAGGCCCUGGAUCACAAAUUGGACAAGACUUUGGCGGAAUUGAACCGCCUUGCCAAAAAACUAUCGUCGAGUGAGAAACAGAAGCUUUUACUCAAGAUUGAGGCACUGAAUUGUAAAGUGCGAAUCUCGGUUCGAAAUUUGACCAAAACGGGGACGGGAACCAAGAGGAAAAUGUUGGUCGACCCCUUAGAAUUGCCCAAGAAGAGCCCCAUCAAAUCCAAGCGGUUGGCAGCCAAAACUAGGAACAAUGUUGAUUCGGCUUCGCCCAAUUCAACAAGCACUUCUGUUCCAGAAUGGGUUGAAUGUUCGCCCGUUUUAGUUGAAGUGGAGCGCGGUGAUUUUGAUUGUCCUGUCGAUGAACACGAACUACCUUAAUGUUUCUUUAGUGAGUUCUUCUUUCCAUUGAAUGAGCACGUGGUUAAAUCGUUGCCGCAAUUA